AGAAAGUGGCAUCGAUUCUCUACCCCAGACCAUUUACCUCUUUUCGUCUAGCAUUCGUGUUGAUUAUUGUUUGUUUUCGAUCUCAUCUCCGAACUCUGAGCCAUGGCUUCUUCGUGGGUGGCGAAAGCGGCUUCUCAAGCCACAACUGUUGCUCGGCUCUCCUCUCCAAGGUCUGCCACUCAAGCCGCCAGCCUAGUCCAGCGCCGUGGCCUCGCUGGCGCUGCAGAUCACCAUGGACCCCCAAAGGUUAAUUGCUGGCAAGACCCAAUGAGUCCAUCUAAAUGGAAGGAAGAGCAUUUUGUGAUUGUCUCUUUAUCUGGCUGGGGUUUGCUUUUCUUUAGUGGGUACAAGACCUUCGCCGGAGGCAAGAACGACAAGGAAGAGAAAUUGGCAGAAGCAUCACAUUAGGAUUGGGUUCUAAUGUCAUCGUCCCAGAAGGUUUCAGUCACAUGUUUGAUUGGAUUUUAAAUCUUCUAGGAUUACAUUUUUUUUUUUUUUAAGAUAGUUUCGUUUGUCACUGUCAUUGUCUUCUGGAUCUGAUAGGUGAUGGAUUUUCAGACAUUGGUAUGUAUUGCUGCGACGUAUGAGCCAAUCCGGCCCUUUUAUCUUUCUUUCUGUAGAGCAUAUUUGUCAUCUAAUGCAUACCCGUACAAGUUGCAAUAAUGAGCAUAUCGACAAUAAAUGGUGAUUUUCUAGAGCAUUUGGCUUAAUGUGCAUUUCUGAAAUUCGGAGGUGGACACAAAUUCUUAUAUGCCCUAAAUUUACGUUCUUGUAGUUCAUAA